AAGCAGCAAGCUGUUCAGGUGUGUGACUGUGUCGAGUGUGGACAGCUGGAGUGUGUCGCUCCCAGUGUGUAGUAUUUCCUCAGUUCAGUUGUGAAACUCGAAGUCUUAUCGUUCAAGACUGCAAUCCGUGUCGCUUUUAUGAACUGAUUAGUCACCUCGAAGACACAAUCGGAAUGAUGGCUGAAGUUCAAGGUAAGUCCAGGUACUUUAGGCUUGGGCUUGAGGUGCUAUGGACGAUGGUACCUGUGUCGUGUGUCGUCCAAAAGCACCAGGGCAUUAGUAAUACCGGUGUUAAAUUAUCGUCUCAAAAGCCAAACUCUCUUUUAAAAGGAGAACGAUGAUUAAUCAGUUACACUAGAACGCCUCACAAUUGAGUGUGUGUGUGUAUGUAUCUCUGUGUGUGUGUGUGUGUGUGUGGGUGUGCGGGAGUUCGGUGUUUCCUUCAGACAAUGUCUUCCGGGUUGGGGGAGGGGGGAGCAUUUCACAUUCGUCGGCAGUGUCAGUGGCGUAGAAAGGGGGGAUACUACAGGGGGAGGGGGGGUUCCGACCCCCGGAGGAGUGUUUUUAUUUAUUUUAUAGAGGCGAUGGCAUUUUAGGCCGGCGGAAGAGUGGGAAUGAGACGGCACAUGUCUCCACCCCACCCAAGGUGGCAGUUACCUGAGCUACACUACUGGACAGUGACAAAAUUUGAAAAAACGGUGACCAGGUCCAGUUAUAACUCCACCCUCUUUCACCAACACACACUGAAUUCAGUUCUGUUGAGGGUAUACUUUUUUAAUGCAGGUUUAUUUUUAUCCAUGGACCCUCUAUAUAGCAUAUAUAUAUAUAUAUAUAUAUAUAUAUAUAUAUAUAUAUAUAUAUAUACAUACACAAAAAUAAAAAAAAAAAUGUCUGUUAGAAAACAAAAACAAAAACAAUAACACACAGAGUGUGCUUUCUUAAAGUAUAUAUAUAUAUAUAUAUAUAUAUAUAUAUUUAUAUAUAUAUAUAUACAUACACACAAAUAAAAAAAAAAUGUCUGUUCGAGAACAGAAUCGUAAUCACUAACAUCCAGAGUGUGCUUUCUUAAAGGGGCAGAGACUUUCAAUUUUAUUAGGGUGGGGUGGGGCAGAAAGUGAGGUCAGAGACCGCUACCGAAUGUAAAUUUGGAGGGGCCUGGGGAGUGGUUUACUCCGCCCCAAUAGUAAAAAAAAAAAAAAAUUAAGAUCAAGGGCUACUAUGAGGCGUAUACUUGAUUUUAGUGUUUCUUUCAGAACCUUGGUUCCGGAGAGGGGGAGGGCAUUUCAGGAGGAAAGGGCAUCUAUAAGCGCACACAUUGCCAUACAUAACUUGAAUUCAUAGCGAUUGUGGCGUACCCCACAGUUUUUGUUUUGCCUAAACUAUAUUUCUCUCUCUCACUCUCUCUCUCUCUCCCAGCCCCGUAUUGUCAUAUUGAUCGGGAUUGUGGGGAGGCGUUUGAAGAGGAGGUAUAACAUUAGUCGAGGGCGUAGUAGGCUCCCGAGCAAAUGCUAGGUUUACGGCAGAGAUGGGGGUCAUUGAGCCCUUCCCCAUAAAAGUUUUGAUAAUUUUAAAAUGCAUUGAUUCAUUUUAGCGCAUAUCUGAAUUUGUUCUUGCACCAUUGAAAACCAGGUCGUGCUUUAAGGCUACUUUUAUAGUUGCUACCAAAUAUAAAUGUUUAUUAUUUAUUUCAAUAAACUGGUUAUAUUUAUAAAUACAUGAUACACAUACAGAAGGGGAUCCGCCACGAAACGGAAGUGUACUAAUUACCUUCCUAAAUAUACCCCAAGUUUUAGAAGACACAGAAAGAGGAAAUUAAAUUGGUUUUGGAGUAAAACAUUAGAUGACAACUUUUACAAACUGUUUGUAAAUGGCAACAAUUAUGCUAAUUUCUUUAGUUUUAAAACAUCGUGACAAUGUUCAUUGGCGCUGGGCGCCAUCAUGAGAAAGCUCCACAUACUGAGCGUUCUCAAAUUGUCAUUUUUCAUGCAAACUAUCUUUGCAAUUGUACAUUUUUUGGCGUGAGGGGGCGCCUAAAUUCGGGAUCGGCCCAGGGCGCAUCCUUUGCUUGCCACGGCACCGCCAUUAUUGAUGUUUCAGUUUUCGAGUGCCGUACUGCCACGUCUUAUUCAUGUAAGAAAAUACGAACAUUUAGUUUUAUUCUCAUGGUUAAAUCGUUAAAUUUUAUUGCCAAUUUCAAACUAUUAUAUUCCUGUUUUUUUAUCCUAUACAAUCCUGUAAUAAAAAAAAUAGAUCCCUAAAAAUGUGUUAACAUUGGAUUUUGUUUGAUAUGAUUUGGUCUUAAGCAGUGUAUCAUUAUUUUGUACUGAAGUAUUUUUUACGUUAACAAAGACUUGCAAAGGAACAUUCCCGUGUUUAGCUAUCCUAAUAUACACAUACGUAUCCUUGCAUCAUUGUAUUUUAUAUUUUAUUGUAUUUAUUGAUUUUUAUUAUUACAAACAGGUGAAGACAUGCGUACAUUAUUGCUGGUGGGAAGAUCUGGCAACGGGAAAAGUUCUGUCGGGAACUCCAUAAUCGGAGAAAAAAAGUUCGAGAUAAGAUCCAAACAUCAAUUUGGGGAACAGUUGAAGAAACAAGUGUUCACGAAUGCAGGGGUCAAGGUUGUUGAUUGUACAGGGAUAGGUGACACUGGCUCUGACAUGGUAUGUAAUGUCCAUUCUGUCUUACAGUCUGCUCGUGAAGUCGUGGAGAACUGUGUUCGUGGGUUCGAUGCCCUGAUAUUCGUCAUGAAAUACGGCGUCCGGUUCACCAAACAAGAGAAAGACGCCGUACAAAUGGUCAAGUCGAUCUUUGGAGAGAACGUGUUCAGAGAUUGGGGGAUUUUAGUUUUCUCUUGUGGUGACCAAUUUGAUCUCGAUACGAAAGAUGAUGACAUAAAGUUUGAAGUUUGGUGCAAAGAACAAACUGGUGACGUAAAACGAUUAUUUGAAGAGGUGGACUACAGGUGCGUUGUCUUUGACAAUAAGUCAUAUGUCACAUUCAAACAACGCAAACAGCGCGAAGAGCUAAUGGGAUGUGUUGAAAAGAUCCAAGAGGAUAAACGUAGAUGUUACUCUGUGUCUGACUUUGAGAGAGCGAUGCGCAGUCGCGAAAUCCUUGUCGUGCAAUAUGAACUGGAAAGUUUAAAAUCAGAAACUGACACACUGAUAAGAGAAAUGAAUCAAUCUUUAAAUCUUACCCCAGUACCAAAUGACCACGAUGUCCACUUAGAAAAUAUGCUCCAGGAGCUAUUACGCCACGGACAAAAAUUAGAAGAGAUGGAUCGAAACACGGGGAUGCUUGAAUCUUUACAGACUCAGGUGCAGGCGCAGGUAACAAUGUUACAAGGGAAGAUAAUCAUGAGAAAAACAAAGACAGAGGAAGCGAGCGUACCGACGACUGAUCCUGUGCAGGAGUUGAUUCUUGGGAUGAAACGUGAACCAGGAACGACAGUAAAAAGAACGCUUUCCUUUUUAGUCACAUAUUUCCGUCAGUGAAUUCACGCAUGUCAUGCAAUUUGUGAAGGGUGAUAAUUACAAUACGAGAAGGUAUUUAAAGUCAAUGUAAAUUCUUAAAAACAAAAUGUGUUUUUAAGAAGGUGCAUUCACUUAAAUCAGUGGUUCUCAACCUUCCUAGUGCCGCGACCCUUUAAAUACAGUUUCUCGUGUCGUGGCGAUCCCCAGCCACACAAUUAUUUUCGUUGCUUCUUCAUAGCUGUAAUGAAAUGUAUUUUAAGAUAGUCUUAGGCGACCCCUGGAAGAGGGUCGUGCGACCCCCAAAGGGGUUGCGACCCACAGGUUGAGAACCGCUAUCUUAAAUGAUGAUUACUUUUUUUUCAACAAAAUGAAUUUUAAAUUUUUUUUUUUUAUUUUUACUUUUCGAUUGAUGACAAGUUGAUGAAAAGAUUAUGAUCUUUUCUCUUUGAAUAAAGUGAACAUGCCCUUUCAGGCUUUUCAAAAUAAAUAAAUUAUACUUAAAGGGAAAAUCAGCUGGACGAGACCGGUAGAGAGGAGGCGAGAUCGCAGAGAAGCUAUUGGUGUUUACAGACAGAAACCAAGGGACAGAAUUAUGAGACGGAGGCAGAUAAAAAAAAAAUGUUGAGAAGGACCUACAUCAGCUGGAGGUCAAUGCGUGGCGCUGAAAGGUCAUCGAACUGUGUAAAUGGCAGAAUGUUGUGAGCCGACGACAGACCUCCCAAAACGCACAGCACCUUUGAUGAUGGAAUACAUGAAGGAGGAAAGACUUUAGGGAUUUAAUGAGAUCAUACAAGGGCAUUUCUUUUUUUUUAAAGCCCGAAUGCCGAUUUUACCAAGCGACGAUUGUUCGUGGUGGGGAACGGGGGUCUGAAUCUACCCAUUGUAUUUGAUAUCGCUGCCAUCACCAUCUGAAAAAGCCAUACAAUCAAAAUUGUGUGUGUCUGGGUCCAAGAAGCUUUCGAACUGCUAACCUUGAUAAAGAUAAUAUUUAGUCCCAAUUUUUUUUUAUAUCAAGGCCACCAUGUUAAACUCUCUAUGCCAUUUUCUUCUCGAAAUAAAGCAGAAAGUAAUAUCUUAUUUUGUGACCUAUAUUAUCCGUGUAAUUUUGCUCAACAUCUUUGUGAAUAUAUGAUUUACAAAUUUCAUUGCAAAAAAAAAAAAAAAAAAAAAAAAAAAAAA